GAGUGCUGUCAAGCGCUCCCGAUCGCCUCCGAGACUUGCCGAGCAGCGCCCGAGCGCUGCCCAGAGUUGCCGAGCGGUCCCGAGCGUUUGCGAGUGGCGCCCGAGUGCUCCCGAGCGGCGCCGAGCAGGCCGGGAGGGCGCGGAGCGGCCAAGGGACGCCGGGCCUGGGCGCGAGCGGGACCGCGCGGGGCCGGUGGGGCUGGGGCCGGGCCCAGGCCCGCUGCGGGGCGGCCGCGGGUGUGCGGCAGGGCUGUCUGAGCCAUGAUCGAGGUGUUGGCCAAGCUGGGCCGUGGGCCCGUCUUCCUGGCAGGGGAAGUGCUGGAGUGCGUGAUCACUUUCACCAACCCGUUAUCGGCCUCUUCUACCUCCGCCAGCAGUGAGAUGCUGGCAUGGGCCAGCGCCCAGAUCCACUGCCAGUUCCAUGCCAGCGAGAACCGGGUAGCGCUUCCUCCCUCCGACAGCAGCAAGCAUGACGUGCAGGCAGAGAACGAGACAGUGUUCGUCCCCAACAGAGGAGAGCGGGGUCAGUGUAUCCUGUCCACUCCGCCAAAGAUUCUCUUCUGUGACUUGCGACUGGAUCCCGGGGAGUCGAAGUCCUACUCGUACUGUGAGACGCUGCCCAUAGAUGGUCCUCCCUCUUUUCGGGGCCAGUCAGUGAAGUAUGUGUACAAGCUGACCAUCGGUUGCCAGCGUGUCAACUCCCCCAUCAAGCUCCUGCGCGUUCCCUUCCGUGUCCUCGUGCUGCACGGGCUCAAGGAUUACCAGUUCCCACAGGAUGAGGCUGUUGCACCCUCAAACCCCUUCCUGGAGGAGGAGGAAGGCUUGAAGAAAGACUCUCGCCUGGCAGACCUGGCAACAGAACUGCUCAUGGUGGCCACCUCCCGACGCAGCCUGCACCUGUAUAACAUCAGCAACACUCGUGGGAAGGUGGGGACAUUCUGCAUCUUUAAGACUGUGUACAAGAUUGGAGAGGACGUCAUUGGGACCUUUAACUUCUCGGAAGGAGACAUCCCAUGUCUGCAGUUCUCUGUGAGCCUGCAGACAGAGGAGAGCAUCCAGGAGGAGUUCCAGCACCGGCGAGGGCAGCCAGUAUCCUUCAGCACACACGCACGCCAUCAGGAGGCCUGCCUGCACACGGCCCAGAGCAGCUUCAGCCUGCCCAUCCCACUCAGCUCUACCCCAGGAUUCACCACCAAUAUUGUGUCCCUGAAGUGGAGGCUGCACUUUGAGUUUGUGACUUCCAGUGAGUCGGCGGGGACUGGCUUGGUUCAUGGAAGCCAGUCGGAGGCUGUCACCUGGACUGGGGUGGAGCAGAUGGAAGUGGACACUUUCAGCUGGGACUUGCCCAUCAAGGUCCUUCCCACCAACCCCAUCCUUGCUUCCUAUGUAUCUCAGUUCUCCAGCACCAACUCAAUCACCAUCUGAAGUGGGGAGAGCUGGAAGGGGCCUGUGGUUCUGCAGGCAUGUGUUACUGGUGGGAAUGGCAGACAGGACUGUCACUGGAAUGCUGCGGGACACGCACCCCAGUGUCCUCUUGGGUUCAUCUGUGAUGCUCUGGUGGGCACCGGGCAGGUCUGUCCCAGCUGCGGGUGGAGGAGCAUUGCGCUUGCUGCAGUGUCUUGUGCUGCAACCCUCAGCUGGGAGCUGGACUCUUCAGCUGGAAGCCAGACCCUGCCUGCCUACGUAAAGGCGUGAGUCUCAGCACUCAAGGAAAGGAAAUCUGCCUCCCAGGGAACAGCCCAACGUGCCUUUAUCUUAUGAGGGGCAUCCAAGAGGGGAACGCCCAGCCCAGGGUGAGGAAUCAUACAAUCAUAGAAUAGUUUUGAGUUGGAAGGGACCUUAAAGAUCAUCUGGUUCCAACCCCCCUGCCAUGGGCAGGAACAUCCCACUUAGAUCAGGCUGCCCAAGGUCCCAUCCAACCUGGCCUUGAACACCUCCAGGGUUGGGGCAGCUACAAGUUUCGUGGGCAACCUGUGCCAGUGCCUCACCUCUCUCAUAGUGAAGAAAUUCCUCCUUGUGUCUAGCCUAAAUCUCCCCCUCUCCAGUUUACACCCAUUCCCCUUCGUCCUAUCACUACAAGCCUUUGUGAACAGUCCCUCUCCAGCUUUCUUGUAGCCCCUUGUAGGUACUGGAAGGUCGCUAGUAAGAUCUCCUUGGAGCCUUCUCUUCUCCAGGCCUAGCAACCCCAACUCUCUCUGCCUGUCCUCGUAUGGGAGGUGCUCCAGCCCAGUCAUCUCUGUAGCCCUCCUCUGGAUCUGUUCCAACAGUUCUAUAGCCGCCUUGUGUUGAGGAUUCCAGAACUGGACACAGUAUUUGAGAUGAGGUCUCACAAGAGAGGAAUAGAGAGGCAGAAUCCCCUCCCUCAUGCUGCUGGCCACGCAUCUUUUGAUGCAGCCCAGGACACAGUUGGCCUUCUGGACUGUGAGCACACAUUGCCGGCUCAUGUUGAGCUUCUCAUCUACCAGCACCCCCAAGUCCUUCUCUGUGGGGCUGCUCUCAAUCACAUCAUCCCAUUAGUUGUUAAGCACCUCAGCCUUCUAGUCUGUUGAUACGAGGUCACCAUUCCUAACCAUCAGUGGGGAUAUGUUUUCUUUAACCUGUCUUUUCUUAUUGAUGUACCUGUAGAAGCCCUCCUUGUUAAUCUUCACCUCCCUUGCCAAGUUCAGCUCCAGCUGCUUCUUGGCCUUCCUCAGUCCAUCCCUACACAACUGGGCAGUGUCCCUACACUCUUCCCAGGUUCCCCGUCCCUGCCUGCACUGCCUGUGCAGUUCCCUCUCAGUCUUCAGUUUGAACAGCAGGUCUCAACUCAGCCACGCUGCUCUCUUCCCUUCCUUGCUUGAUUUCCUGUGUCUGGGGACUGAGCACUCUUGUGCUUUAUGGAAAGCAUCCUUAAAUAUUUGUCAGCUCUGUUCUGCUCCUGUGUUCCUGAGGACCAUAUCCCAGGGGGUCCUACUGACUAACUCCUUGAAGAGCUGGAAGUCUGUUUUCCUGAAAUUUAGUGUCCUGACUAUACUCCUCACCUGUCCCAUAUCUCUCAGGAUCUUGAACUCCACCAGUGCAUGAUCACUGCAGCCCAGGCUGCCUCUGAUCCUAGUGUCACUGAUGAGUUCAUUUGUAUUGGUGACCAUCAGGUUCAGUAUUGCCUCCCCUCAGGUCAGGGUCUCUAUCAGCUGGACUAAGAAAUUCUCUUCGAUGCACUCCAGGAGUCUCCUGGAUUGCGUACAGCUUGCGUUCUACUUUUCCAGCAUACAUCAGGGUGAAAGGAGAGAGGAGCUUUUCCAGUGAAGCCCUGUAUGAGCCCUGGGUGAAGACUAUUUCCCUUCAAAGACACCCCAUGAGCAGAGGUCUGGUGUCCAGGUGAGGCACGAGGACUGGGUGGGAGCCCGUGCUCCUGCCCUGCUACUUGUAAGGGAUGUUUCCUGCGCACAACCCAGCACCCCUGCCACUCUCUCCCAGGGAACUGCUUGCAUGUGCUGCAGCAGCACAGCAGUGAUGAUCUGAAACAGAACCACUGAGCGCCUGUGCUGUUCUCAGCCUGCACGCCUGGGCGCAAAGGCAUCCUGCUGGUGUCGGGAUCCCUGGGGAGCUGCAGUGAAUGCGUGCUGUGCAUUCAGGAGCUGGGAGGGAGGUCUCCCUGCUCAACAUCCAGCUUCCCAUUUCUAACCAAUCUUUCAAAGAGUUUUCCUCUUUGCAUGGAAAUCUAAUAAAUGUAUGAAUGUGCAAAACUUAGCCUUCCCAAGAGCCUUAUUCCCAUGCUGUUCCGCAUGGUGGAUGCAGCCCACUCUGCACGACAGUCACAGCCUGGAGACCUCCUCUUUUGUUUAAUACCUUUAUUGCAAGAACAGAAACAUCUACACAAGGCUCUGCACAACACAGGCAUGGCACCAGCUGGGGCAGGCUGCCAGGGUGGCCGGCUUCACCCUGGCAGAUGCGGAUUACUUCAUCUCCCUGAACUCUUAGCAGGGCGCCCAGGUCCCCUCCCUGCUCACCUGCAGCUGGGAUGGGAGUCUCCCCUGGGGGCAUCUUCUAGUGGUUUCCCCUGCUCUGCUGCCUGCCCCAGGCUGGCUCCGUUGCAGUAGUGCCCAGGGCUGGCCUGCAGUGCCAGGGACCCACUCUGGCCCCAGGAGCUGUGGGAGCAAGGGUGUUAGUGGUUCCAGAGGUGGGUUGUGCCCCUUGUACUCCAGAGUGGAGAAGGGGCUGGCUGGAACAUGCAGGUCCUAUAUGAAGGGCUGCAGUGCUACCCAGUGAGAUACUGUCGGCUGCUGUGCAGGGUGACAGGAUGCUCAGGGGGAGAAGGGAACUGCUUAGCUUGAGGCUGGAUGCAGGAGUUCAGAUUUAGAUGCAGGCUAAUUUCAUCCUGCAUCCAUUUCUUUAGCAGCUGGAGGUUUUCUGCCCACCUGGGAGAUCUCUUGGGAUCCACGUUCCUACCAUGUACAGGAUGUCUCUCGGGGAGGGGGCCCAGUUUGGUUCGGGAGCUGAAGGCAGAAGCAAAGCCAUACCGUGGCAGCGCUAAGGUGUAAAUGGUGUAAAUGUUAACUCAGUAC